UUGUGUGUGUAUGUAUAUAUAUAUAUAUAUAUAUAGAGAGAGAGAGAGAGAGAGGUUACUCAAUUAAAUGCUUGUUUGAUUAUUGGAGUUUCCGAAAUUGUAGAAAAAAAAAUAAGUUGUUGGGUUUCUUGGGUUCAGUGGCUUUUAGGAUUUCGUGAUUUGCAGCUGGGGUUUUUGUUCAGUUUUGAUUUUUUUGAUGUGAUCUUGGUAGUAUUGAUUUUAGGGAUUGGAUUCUCUGGUGGAAGUCAGGGGUUUUGUUUCAGUGAUUUGGCUGUGAAAUUGAUGCGUGGGUAUUCGAAAACUGAACUAUCCUGAGUUGAAUCGAAGGUUUUGGUUCUGAUUCUGAGGUUCAUUCAAGAGCAAGAAGAAUGUAAGGAAGGUUGGAAUUGUAGAGAUAUAUAUACUAAUUCAUGAUUCUGAGGCCAUGGUUGGAUGUGGAGCUCCAUAGUGAUGGGAAUUCUGGUGUGAAUCAUUGCUGAAAAUGGGAUUAGUUUUGUUGAUUUUACUUGUUCAUGUGCUUUUGCCGAUCGUGCCUUGUUUUGGGUUGUCGAAACAUGGAAAGGCUUGUGGAACAUUCCAUAUAGCUAGGGUCGAUGAUCCUAGUCAUGAGCUGUUUUACAUUGAUGGGAAAUUGGUGGACAGAUAUUUAUUCUGUAAGAGUUUGAGGUUUCAUAGGAGAGAUUGCUUUCUUCCGAAACAUGUUAGAAGCCAUUAUUGCCGUUCGUUAGACGCGCAUUCUUUGUUUGCAGGAAGAAGAUUGUUAAAACCUGUGGUUAGGGACGGAGACAGUAGGAUUGGUUAUGGUAAAAAGUCUCCAAGUGGAAAUGAUGAAAAUGACGAUCGGAUUGUAAAAUCCAGUAUGCUAGUCAUUGCGGCGCCGGGUUUCUUCCUUUUAUGUUGUGCGUUGAUUUGUCCGUGUUUUCAAGCAAGGAAAAGAGCUACCGAGCAUAAAGUUCUCUCAAAAGAGCCUAAUUCCAUGGACUCAGUUACGCCUUUAGAAAUGAAUCCUCCAUUCGAAAAGUAUCCCGGAAGUCCGUUGAGGGCUCCUCCAAGUCCACUAAGAGUGCCACCAAGUCCUUCAAGAUUUUCCAUGUCGCCAAAACUAAAUCGCCUUGGAUCUGUCCAUCUAAAUAUGAACCAUGUUGCAAGGGCUACACACAAUUUCUCUUCGUCUCUACUGAUAGGCGAAGGAGGAUUCGGGACUGUCUAUAAGGCUGAGCUACCAAAUGGUCAGGUCGUUGCAAUCAAACGAGCAAGAAGGGAACAUUUUGAGGCCCUACGCACUGAAUUUAGAAGUGAAGUUGAACUUCUGGCAAAAAUUGAUCAUCGCAACCUUGUCAAGCUUCUUGGUUAUGUUGAAAAAGGAAACGAACGCCUUAUUAUCACAGAUUACGUACCCAACGGUACCCUUAGAGAACACCUUGAUGGCCUUAAGGGAAAAAUAUUGGAUUUCAAUCAGCGGCUCGAAAUCUGCAUCGACAUCGCGCAUGGCCUGACGUAUCUCCAUCUCUACGCUGAGAAGAAAAUCAUCCACCGAGAUGUUAAAUCCUCCAACAUACUCUUGACGGAGAGUUUGAGGGCCAAAGUUGCGGAUUUCGGGUUCGCAAGACUCGGGGACGAGUCUGAUAAAACACACGUAUCGACGAAAGUAAAGGGAACAGUCGGGUACCUCGACCCUGAGUACAUGAGGACGUAUCAACUCACGGAUAAGAGUGACGUCUAUUCGUUUGGGAUAUUGCUAAUCGAAGUCCUGACGGGCCGGCGACCUGUGGACUUGAAAAGACAUCCCGACGAGAGGGUGACGAUUAAAUGGGCUUUUCGGAAAUACAACGAAGGGAAGUACCGGGAGAUGGUGGAUCCGAUGAUGACGGAAAGCGUGGACGACGAAAUUCUAGUGAAAAUGUUCGGUUUGGCGAUGCAAUGUGCUGCACCGACAAGAGCGGAUCGGCCGGACAUGAAGGCGGUGGGCGAGCAACUGUGGGGGAUUCGAAUGGACUACUUGAGGAGCGAGAGGCGAUAGAUAGGUAGAUCGAUUGCUGCGAUGACAAAUCGAUGCUGGGCGACUAUUCGACUCUGUUCUCGAUGAAUCGACGUCGAUAUUGUCGCCUUAUGGCAACAGAAGACGAUCGAUUGAUGGGUGUAUGAAGCUGGUUUUGGUCUUUGAUUCUUGCAGUUGCAGUAGAAAUUAUUUGGAUAUGAAUGUAUUGUAUGUAUCAUCUUUGAAAUGUUCGUUGGAUUUAGGUUAGGAGUGGAAUGUUGGUGUGUAUAUAUUAUAUGAAUCUUCGACACGGCCGUGUUUACUAUUUUAAAUUCUACAUUGAUUAUUA